AUGUCGUCGCCCAAGCUCGCUUCCGUCUGGCGGCUGGGCGGCGGUCUCUUUGCUUCUUCAGCCUCUUCGGGUGCGCGCCGUCGGGAUGAAAUCCAGGCUGGAGGGUACACCGCUGGCUCCAGCCCACCUUCUGAUCCUGCCAUCGUGCCUCCUGAAUCGCAGUUUGCCGCUUGGUCCGAGCUCAUGCAAGGGGCUCCUCUUCCGGAUCGUUCCGCCACCUUCAGCAGUAUUUCAUCCUCAUCGUGCAAUGGAUGCACUCGCCCUCAUGUCAAGAAGAUUCGCAGCCAGGACAGCAUCAAAUCCAGCGCUUCGGCACAACCGUUGGAUGCUGACCCGUCCACGUCAUAUCGUCACACCCUGAUUCCAGUACCCAAGGCAGUCAAGCUCAAGCUGCGCUCUAAGAUCAAAGCCAGCCAAGAGCCUGAUUUCGGCAAGGUGUUCCUCGCCCAAGAACUCCACACGCCCUCGACAAACACGCCCGCCAGCUCACUGGGAAGGCGCAUGUCAUGCGCUAGGAGUCCAUCUGUUGCUCAAACCGAACUCACCGUUCCAUCUGCUCCGGAGCAUCGAGAGAAACGUUCGAGCUGGACUCUCGCGCCUUCCAUUGCGCGUCGAGCUUCUCUCCGUCGUCCAUCCGUGGACCUCGAACGUGGUCCGUCUCUCGGUAGGGCCAUUCGCGGUUCUGAUGGGUACGGCUCGACCGAGCGGCAAUAUGCGCCACGAGGCAGGAUGGAACGUCAAACGAGUACUGGAAGCUACCUCAAGACCAUCGCGCCCACCGCCACUUCCUCGAGCUCCCAUUCGUCCGGUUCCGACAACGUACCUCCGCCCCUGUCGCCAAGUAUGACCGCCGAUCUAGACAUUCCCGACGACAGCAGGGCCAAGCGACCCAAAGCAGCGACGCCCAAGCGCAAAACUUAUGCGAUGCAAUUCUCGCUCGAUGGUCGAUAUCUUGCUCUAGCUGGCUCGGAUCACCUAAUUCGCGUAUACGAAGUCAUCUCCUCGCCAUGUGAGCGUGCCGUAGAGGUCACUCGGGCCCAGGCGUUGCGUGCAGAGGAGGCCGCACAGAGAAAGAACGCGUCGACCUGCUCGCAAGGAUCUAACUGCAUGGAUCGAAGCAACACCAAGCUGGAUGUACGUGCUGGUGCCACAGAGCUGACCCCGGUGCUCAAAUCGACCCCGCUUCACGUCUUUGCAGGCCACAGCGGCGACAUCCUCGACCUGUCAUGGAGCAAGAACAACUUCCUUCUUAGCUGCGGCAGCGACAAGACCGCCAAGCUUUGGCAUCCGAACCGCGAGGACUGCCUCUGCACCUUCACUACGUCUGCCGUCGUUUCGUCCAUCGACUUCCAUCCCACCGAUGAUCGAUUCUUUGUCACCGGUGGACUGGACGGCAAGCUGAGGCUUUGGAACAUCUCCGCUCGCCGGGUGCAGUCGCUCACGGACGUGCCUGGAGUCAUCACUGCGGUCGCAUUCUCCUCGAGCGGCGCCGUCGUGUGCGUCGGCACGCAUGCCGGUUCCGUGCUCACCUUUGCUUGCACCGACUCGCUCUCCUACCUCAACGCCAUCAAGGUGAAAUCGGCCGCGGCGAGCAAGAGCACCCAGCCGAGCAAGAUCACCUGCAUCCAACCUAUCCCUCUUCACGCCUGCUCGCCGGAGGUCAAGGCGGCCGCUUCGAGCAGAUCCACUGCGCCCACCAAAGGCGAUUCGGAGUAUAUGAUUGUCACGUCCAACGACUCGCGCGUGCGCAUCUACUCGAUCGCCGCGCACCGUCUCGUGUCGCGUCUCAAGGCGACGUCGUACGUGAAUCGCAACAGUCAGAUCCGCGCCACCACCUCGACGGACGGCCAAUUCGCUGUUUCUGGUAGCGACGACGCCUCGAUCCACGUAUGGAGCCUCGCGAGCAACGCCACGCUGUUCGGCAAUCUCUUCUCGGGGAUCAAGAGGAGCAAUUCGAUUGUCAAGAGCGGCGUGGGCGAUCUUGGCGACAAUUCGACGUGGAGGAGCUGGCAGGCGGGCGCGGGCAGUGUGCGUUGUGCGAUCUUUGCGCCGACUGCGACGGCAGAGCUGCUGGCCGCGGCGGAGGAUCCCUUGGAGCGAGAAAAGGGGGAGAAGGCCGCGGUAAGGGCGAGGAUCAUCGUCUCAACCGACGACAGUAACGCUAUUAGGGUCUGGAGGUGCGAUCCGCUCGGUCGGCUCGUGUAG